AUGGCUAGAUUCAUUAUUAGUCUUAUCUCUCUUCUUGCGCUGCGCUCCUGUACUGCAGCAUCGGUAGGACACACGCUGGGAGCCGGGUCAGCCCUGUCCGUGGAAAACCACGAGCGACCCUUCCUGGUGUCGCCGGACGCCACCUUCUCCUGCGGCUUCCUCCCAGCCGUCGACGUCGACAACGCCUUCUACUUCUCCGUCUGGUUCACCGCGGCCACGGACAGGACCGCCGUCUGGACGGCCAACCCCGGCGCCCCCGUGAACGGCCGUGUUUCCCGUGUAUCCUUCGGUGCCGACGGCAAGCUAGCCCUCGCCGACGCCAACGGGACGACUGUGUGGGACAGCAAGGCAGCCGGCAACAAGCACUUCACCGUCUCCCUCCUCGACACCGGCAAUCUUCGGGUCAUGGACCCGUCCACCGGUCGUGCCGUGUGGCAGAGCUUCGACUGGCCGACGGACACCCUGCUCCCGUCGCAGGCGCUGACCAAGGACAGGAAGCUCGUCGCCGGCUACUACGCCCUCUACUACGACAACGACAACGUGCUGCGGCUCCUCUACGACGGCCCGGAGAUCGCCAGCAUCUACUGGCCUAACCCGGGCAUAAGCGUGUUCGACAACGGCCGGACCAACUACAACAGCUCACGCAUCGGCGUCCUCGACGACACCGGCGUGUUCCUCUCCAGCGACAACCUGCGAGUCGAGGCCUCCGACCUGGGCGCCUCCGGCGUCAAGAGGCGGCUAACCAUCGAGCAGGACGGAAACGUGAGGAUGUACAGCCUCGACGCGGCUGGAGGAUGGACUGUCACGUGGGCUGCGGUCAAGCAGCCGUGCUCCGUCCGUGGGCUGUGCGGCAAGAACGCCGUCUGCGAGUACCAGCCGUUCCUCCAGUGCUCCUGCGCGCCGGGGUACGAGAUGGUGGACCGCCGGGACAGGAGGAAGGGCUGCAAGCCGACCUUCAGCCUACCCACCACCACCGCCACCAACUGCAGCAGCAGCACGUCGGAAAAGCGGUUCACGUUCGUCAAGGUGGCGCACACCGACUUCUACGGCUACGACCUCGGGUUCAACCAGUCCGUCACGUUCCAAUACUGCAAGAGCAUCUGCUUGAGUAUGUGCUCCUGCGCCGCCUUCCAAUACAGGACGGAUGGCAAGGGCGGUUGCUAUCCCAAGGGCAUCCUGUUCAACGGUUACACGUCGCCCACGCCCCAAGGGACCAUAUAUCUCAAGCUGCCUAGCGACCUCACCGCCCCGGCAACGCCGCCACCUGCGGUCCUCGACUGCGAUCGAAAUGCCGCCAUCGUCCCGCCAACAUACGCGGACACGUACGGGACACCAAGCAGCGGCCCAAAUUUGUCCUACCUUUUUUGGUUCGCGGCGGUGCUAGGAUUUCUCGAGGCCCUCUUCAUAGCCACGGCGUGGUGGUUCCUGUCAGGCCAGGAGAGCAUGCCCAGUUCGCUGGUGGCCGGCUACCGGCUGGUCAUGGGGACCCAGUUCAGAAGGUUCACGUAUCGAGAGCUCAAGAAAGCAACCGGAAACUUCAACGAGGAGCUCGGUCACGGCGGCUCCGGCGUGGUGUACCGCGGCGUGCUUGACAAGACCACCGUGGUGGCGGUGAAGGAGCUGACAAACGUGAUGCAGGGCGAGGAGGAGUUCUGGGCGGAGAUGACAGUGUUCGGGAGGAUCAACCAUAUCAACCUCGUGAGGAUCUGGGGGUUCUGCUCCGAGGGAAAGCACAAGCUGCUCGUGUACGAGUACGUAGAGAACGGAUCGCUAGACAGGCACCUGUUCGGCGAGGACACCAACAAGGCCUUGGUAUGGAGCCAACGGUUCAAGAUCGCUCUAGGCACGGCUAGGGGCCUAGCCUACCUUCACCACGAGUGCCUUGAGUGGGUCAUCCACUGCGAUGUCAAGCCGGAAAACAUCCUCCUCACACGGGACCUCGAUCCAAAGAUCGCCGACUUCGGGCUGUCCAAGCUGUCUGGGAGGAACGCCGUCGGCGACGGCAUGCAGCUCUCCCAGAUGAGGGGGACGACGGGGUACAUAGCCCCCGAGUGGGUGCUGGGCCUGCCGAUCGAUGCAAAGGUCGACGUUUACAGCUAUGGCAUCGUGCUUCUGGAGAUCCUGAUGGGAAGCCGGAUAACUGAACAGAUGACCGCGGACGGCAGGGAGCGGCUGCAGAUGAGCCAGAUUGUGCAAGCCCUAAAACAGGUGGUGGCGAGUGAAGACAUCAUGUCAUUGGUGGAUAGCAGGCUGAACGGGCAGUUCAACCCUCGACAGGCCAUGGAAAUGGUGAAGAUCUCCUUGUCGUGCAUGGAGGAGAGGAGCAACAGGCCUACCAUGGAUGAUAUCUUCAAAGCUCUUAUGUCAUGCGAUGACGAGGACGAAAACCCUGCAUAUUUGUUGUGACCUUGAUUCCUUGCUAUAUUAAUUCGUUAAAAGGCUUGCCAAAAAUGUAGUGAGACGCUGAAUAUGGUCUUUUAGACGUGA